AAAAAAAAACGAACUUUGUGACAAACCCUUUUGAGCUCUCUCUUUUCCUAAUCCCUAGAUUAGUUUAGAUUCUAAUCUCCUCUACAUCGUUGCAUCUUCUGUCCUUCCCACGUCAAAUAGUCUCUCCGCAGAACCUCUUUGAUGAUUCUUCUACUUUGUGGGUUUAAGGUUUUUGAUUAGUAACAAAUGGGAAAGAGGUUAAAGAAGGGUCAAAAGCCUCCAAGUGUGAAUCAGCCUGCAACGUUCUCCAAGAAUUUAACUAAGCAAUCUGAGCAAAGCGUGGAGAUAACUGAGGAGGUUGCUGUGACAAUGACGGAAAAAAGAUCUUGUGUCCAUUUUGAUAGAUUUGUUCAUUUGGAUGAGUUGUUGAAAACGAUUAAAUCAUCUCAACACAUCAAGUGUGGAGAAUGCAAGGAAGGAGUGCACUUGAAGGGAGAUGGUAAGGAAAGCAUUAAUACCUGGAAAAACGGGUUUUAUUCUUUUUACCCAAUGUCAACUAAAAAGGCUACUUGGGUUUGCUUGGAAUGUGGCUAUUAUGUUUGUGGAGAUGUUGGUUUGCCAACUGGAUCUCAGAGUCAUGUUGUCCAGCACACCAAGUUGACGCGUCACCGUUUGGUGAUUCAGUGUGAAAAUCCUCAGUUAAGAUGGUGUUUCCCAUGCCAAUCACUUCUCCCUUUUGAAAAAGAAGAGAAUGGUGAGAAGAAAGAUUUGUUGGUGGAAGUCGUGAAAUUGAUUAGAGAACGAUCUUCAAGCACGUCCUCUGCUUCAAGUGAAACUGAAAAUUCAUCUUCAGGAAGUGGUAGUAUCACUGGUGGUAUACAAGAAGCAAGAUAUGGUUAUGCUGUAAGGGGUUUACUUAACCUUGGCAACACAUGUUUCUUUAACUCUGUAAUGCAAAACCUUCUUUCUUUGGAUCAAUUACGUGAGCACUUCUUGAAAGAAGAUAUGUCUGGUGGCGGGCCUCUCGUUUCUUCCUUGAAGAAAUUAUUUGCUGAAACAAAAUCAGAAGUAGGCUUUUUUAGGAGUGCGAUAAAUCCAAGAGCCUUUUUCGUUUCUGUUUGUUCUCAUGCUCCCCAAUUUAGGGGAUAUCAGCAGCAUGACAGUCAUGAGUUGCUAAGGCACUUGUUGGACGGUUUGAGCAUUGAAGAAUCAAGCCUGAGGCAAAAGCUUGAUGUUUCUGAUAGUGAUGAAAGUUUUACACAUCAGAAACCUACUCUCAUAGAUUCUGUUUUUGGAGGUGAAAUUUCGAGCACUGUGUCUUGUUUGGAAUGUGGGCAUUCCUCUAAAGUGUUUGAACCCUUUUUGGAUCUCUCUUUACCUAUUCCGUCCAAGAAAUCACCUCCUGAAAAGCAACAAACCCUUUCUCAGGCAAACAAGGUUCCUAAUAAUGACGUAGUCAGCAAAGAUUCAGAAGUUGUGUCAGCUAAACCUGCAUUGUAUAACAAUUCCACUGUUUCCAUCUUCGAGAGCCCUUCUGCUAUGGCACUUGAUGAUAAGCAGGUCUCUGAUAUUGCAACAGACUCUGAUACUGAAGAACAUGAUAGAUUUUGGGAGGAUUAUUCUAAAUCAGAAACCUCUCACAAUGAAACUGAUUUGGUUUUGCUUGGUGAUGUUAGUGCUACCGCUCCAUCAACUGAGGCUAAAGGAGUUAACCAGACUUUGGUAGGUAGCACAGAAACGCUGAUGCAUGAUAGUGAUGGAAUUGCAAAACCAGAAACUGUCAUUGAUGAAGAAGAUGCACGAGCUACACAAUCUACUGAAGACACAUAUGCAAGUGGGAUUUCCUCAGAUAUUGAUAAGGCUCGAGUUUUCGGUUCUCCUGAUUCAGGGAAAAGCUCUUCAUCUGGAAUUUUGUGGGAUGAUGAAGAGCUUCCAUUGAUGGUUUCAGAUUCUCAGAUUCUGUACAUGCCUUAUAAAGAUGACAUAUCCUAUGAUGAUAACACAGUUGCAGAAGGUAUAGGUGGGGCUUCGUCAUAUGUGAGGAGCCACCAUUUACAAACUGAUGAGCCUGGCAUCUCCUGUAAUAAUGAAACAGUUCCGGCAGGUGAGAGUGGAGGUUCCUCGUCAUUCUGGAGCUGUGAUCAUGAACCAAAAAUAGAUUAUGUUGACUUUAGCAGUUUUUUUGACGAGCCUGAGAUACCCGAAGGACCUGUUUUCAGACUGCCAUAUAAAACUGAAGUUUCUGAAGCUGGUUUUGUGGCUGUCAGCAGUAAUGAUAAAACAAUUAAGUCAUGUGAUGGUAAAGGUUCCUUGUCAUUCGUGAGUGGUGACCAUGAACGAAACAUAGAUUAUUUCGACUUUAGCAGUUUUGUCGAGCCUGAGAUAUCUGAAAAACCUUGUUUCCGACCGAAGUCAAAGUCUGAAGUGUCCAAAGCUGAUUUUAUGGCUGUCAGCAGUAACGAUAAAACAUUUAGAACAGGUAAAGAUGAAGCGUUUUCAUCAUUCAUGAGCUGUGACAAUAAACAAAACAGAGAUUAUGUUGACUUGAUUGACGACCCUAUGAUAUCUGAAAGACCUGCUUUUAGACCGCUAUCUAAAGCUGAAGUUUAUGAAGUUGGUUUUAUGGCUGUUAGCAGCGACUCUGAUCCUGUAGUUAUUGAUGAUUCGGAUUCACCAGUGUCUGUAGAUAAGUGUUUGGCUCAGUUCACCAAGCCUGAGAUUUUGUCAGAAGACAAUGCUUGGCAUUGCGAGAAUUGUUCGAAGAACCUAAAACUCCAGCAGUUGAGAGAAAAGAGAGAAACUGAAGAAGGAUUGAGCAAUGGAUGGGUGAAUGAAAAUGGAGCUAGUUUGGCAUCGGCUUUUGAUGACUUCAUAGACAAUCCAUUAAUUCAAUCCGCUCCGAUCAUCGAAUUGCUAAACUGCAAGGAAGAGAAAAGCGCCAUAUUUGAUGGAAUUCUGGGAGAUUCAGAUGCAAAGCAAGCUCCAAUUACUUCUUCAGUUACUGAAACUUCUAUUCUCAGUGGAGAAACCAUCAGUUCUCAACCAGCCAAUGGCUAUGAAUGUGAAAACUGGGAAGGCAAGGCACUAGAUCCUGAGGAAGUGAUAGUAAAAAGUGAUGCUACUAAAAGGGUACUUGUAAACAAGGCACCACCUGUCUUGACCAUACAUCUCAAAAGGUUCAGCCAAGAUGCUCGAGGCAGGCUAAGCAAGUUAAGUGGCCAUGUUGACUUCAAAGAGUUCAUCAAUCUUAGCCAAUAUAUGGAUACUAGGUGGACCGAAGAAGACCAGCCGGUUUACAGGUUGGCCGGGUUAGUGGAGCAUCAAGGGACAAUGAGAGGUGGUCAUUAUGUUGCUUACAUUAGAGGAGGCGACAAGACGAGGAGAGAGUCUGAUAUUGAAGAACCUAACUCAUCAAUAUGGUAUCACGCAAGCGAUUCUUGGGUUCGACGGGUUUCUUUCGAAGAAGUUCUCCGUUCUGAAGCGUAUAUCUUAUUUUACGAACGGAUCUAAGAAUCCAGAGGUCGGAAAUGUCUUUCUAUAAUAUAGAUGAAAGGG